UACCUCACUCCGAGGCAGACCUCUGUCCUCUGCGUGUGGUGGGGAAUAAAGCAUGUUCCGUGGAGAAUCCCCUGCAAGCGCCUUUGCGGAACCAAGAGGGGAAAAGAGGUGCUGAACGCUCCGCUGCAAUCUGUUCACGCUGCCUGCCUGCGAGUGUGUGACAACUAGCAGCAGGCCAGGAAAGGAGGGGAUGUGACGAGCGGUUCGCUGUGCAUUGUGGGACUUCAUACACAGACUAUCUACUUGUUCCAGUUCACACAGCGGCUGAGCAAAGAGGGGUGUAAGAGACACAGGGAGACAUAUUGCUGCUGCUACUGGAAGCUACACUUGUGCUGACCUCAACCCACUUCAAAGAAAAUGUCCAGCAGGGGUGGGAAGAAAAAGUCAACCAAGACCUCUCGCUCGGCAAAGGCUGGGGUCAUAUUCCCUGUGGGACGAAUGCUACGUUAUAUUAAGAAAGGUCAUCCGAAGUACAGAAUUGGGGUUGGUGCUCCAGUGUAUAUGGCGGCUGUACUUGAAUACCUGACUGCGGAAAUUCUUGAAUUGGCUGGAAAUGCAGCUCGGGACAACAAAAAGGGCCGCGUAACUCCUAGACAUAUCCUGUUGGCUGUAGCAAAUGAUGAAGAAUUAAAUCAGCUGUUGAAAGGUGUCACUAUAGCCAGUGGUGGUGUAUUACCAAAUAUUCAUCCAGAGUUGUUGGCAAAGAAGCGGGGAUCAAAAGGAAAACUGGAAGCCAUAAUUACUCCUCCCCCAGCUAAAAAGGCAAAAUCUCCAUCACAGAAGAAAACCACAACAAAGAAAGCAGGUGGCAAGAAAGGAGCAAGAAAGUCUAAGAAGAAACAGGGAGAAGUCAGCAAAUCAGCAAGUGCUGACAGCACAACAGAAGGUACCCCCACUGAUGGGUUCACUGUCCUGUCCACGAAAAGCCUAUUUCUUGGGCAAAAGCUGAACCUUAUUCACAGUGAAAUCAGUAAUUUAGCCGGCUUCGAAGUGGAGGCCAUUAUCAAUCCCACCAAUGCUGACAUUGACCUUAAAGAUGAUCUAGAUUUUGGCUGUUGCUCAUGGUACACGUUUUGGAAUCGAAAGUUGCAAGUUGUUCAGGCUGACAUUGCCACGAUCGACAGUGAUGCUGUCGUUCACCCGACAAACUCUGACUUCUACAUCGGUGGUGAAGUAGGGAGCACUUUGGAAAAAAAAGGCGGGAAAGAAUUCCUGGAAGCUGUUGUUGAACUUCGCAAAAAGAAUGGACCAUUGGACACAGCAGGAGCUGUUGUCAGUGCAGGCCAUGGCUUGCCUGCAAAGUUUGUGAUCCAUUGCAACAGCCCCAUUUGGGGGGCAGACAAAUGUGAAGAGCUGUUAGAGAAGACAGUGAAGAAUUGUUUAGCUGCGGCAGAUGAGAAGAAGCUGAAAUCAAUUGCAUUUCCUUCCAUUGGAAGUGGCAGGAACGGUUUCCCAAAACAGACUGCUGCCCAGCUGAUCCUGAGGGCCAUUUCCAGCUAUUUUGUGUCAACAAUGUCCUCUGCAAUCAAGACCGUGUAUUUUGUCCUCUUUGACAGUGAGAGUAUAGGGAUCUAUGUGCAAGAAAUGGCCAAGUUAGAUGCCAACUAAGCCUAGAAAGCAAACAAUACCAGCCUCCUUACCCCUCCCCUUCCCCCCUCAAAUUCUUAAUUUUUCAUUGUGAAACAGAGCGCCCCUUAUUUUAAACUUUGCUCAUCUGGGGGAAUAAAGGUGGGGUUUUUUAUUUUAUUUUAUUUUUUGGACUUUCUAAAAUGUUCUUAUGUUGGCACUGAUAGUUGGCAUUACUGCUGUUAAUGCACUGUAUUCCAGGCAUUGUCUGAAUUUAGUGUAAUCUAGGAGAUUUUAUAGUUUUAUUUUAAUUAAGUAUGGAUUGAUGCGGAAAGUUGUUAGCAGUACAUUAUUUUAUUCGUGAAAGAAAAUGGCAGACCCUAUUUUGUAACUGUGUUGUGGUGCUUUUAUCGAGUGGUGUUCCUUUCUCAUUUUUUAAAGGAAAAAAAAAGAUGCAACACACCUGAUUUGUGUUUACUUCUUGUCUUAAUUAUGACUCUGAGAAGAAAAGAAUCCUGUGGUCCUUAAUUAUAUUUGCAAUUUGGAAUCUGUGUGAACUGAUUUAGUAAAAUGUUUGAAAUGUA